AUGAACAGUUCUGAACGUGACAUCAUUGAUUUUCAUCAUUCUCGACCAUGGCGACCAAUCGUUAGACGAAGUGCAAUUUUUAUUAGUAUUAUAUUUGCUUUAGUUUUCUAUCAUCUUUUGUUUUCAUUUCAAAAUUUGAAUGCAGUUGUAUUACCAUCACGUGAAUUUAUCUUAGGUACACCGAGAACUGUUGAUUCAUCACUGACGAUUACUUCAUUACAAAACACUACUAGUCAUGUAUCUACUGAAUUUGAAUUACCUAUUUUGUGCAUUUUCGGAGUUCGUUCAUCAGAUGGAGCAUUUGGAAAUCGAAUGUUUCUCUUUGCCAGUGCCUUUGGAUUGGCUCGUAUUCAUGCAUGUCAUUUGUAUAUAUCUUCGAAGAUUAUUUUUGACCUUCAAUCAACAUUUAAAUUAAAUCUAAAUCAAACAUCAGUAAAGUUAUUGAAAAAUCUAGCAGAAUUCGAAAAUCGAACCGAUAUUUUUCAACGAUAUAGUGCAUGCACAUUAUUCGAUGAUCUAUUCAAAAUACCAUUAAAUCCAAAUUUUACUCGAUACGAACUUAUUGGUUUUUAUCAAGCUUUCGGCUAUUUCGAUCGAUUUCGUCAGGAAGUUGCUCAAUUGUUUGAAUUUAAUAGUCAAACAAUCAAAUAUAUCAUACCAUUUGUUGAACAACUUAUUCAAUCUAUUUGGAAUUAUUCAAUCAAUUUCAAUCACACUAAUACCGAAGUUACACAUACUACACUCAAAUCAUUUCUUCUUCAUCCACCUGCUCCAUUGAUACGUAUGACUUGGAUCGGUGUACAUAUUCGUCGUGGAGAUUUUUUGACGUUCUUUAAAAUCGACACAAGUCUUUCUUAUCUUAGUUCUUCGAUGGACCAUUAUCGUCAGCGAUAUCGUAAUUGUCGAUUUUUGAUUGCAUCCGAUGAUAAGACUUAUGUUAAAGAACAUUUCGGUAAAAUUCCUGAUGUUUUUAUUACACCAUCGACAUUUUUUCAUGGUCAUGAUUUGGCUGCUUUGGCUCUAUGUGAACAUUCAAUUUUAACUGCUGGAACUUUUAGUUGGUGGAGUGCAUGGUUAGCUGGUGGAAAUGUAAUACAUGAUCUCAAUUAUCCAGUACCAUUUCAAAAAUGUGAUAAAGAAUCGUAUUUCCCUCCUUGGUUUCUUUUUCCUUACAACAGUUCAAGCAAACGAUGGGAACCAUCAUCAUAA